AUUCCACCGUGUAAUUGCCCGUGUCGGACCCCUCGCAUUCCACCGGUAGCUGCUGAAAGGGCCUCGAGUUCCGUAGCCAAUAUAGCGAAGGGAGUGGCAACUAACCAAAUUCUUCCAGUGCUGCUGAAAACGGACUGAAGAUCAGAAUGUUUGGUGCGUUUAUCCAGUACCUCUCCGGUGUAUUUGGCAUGCCGGAGGACCAGAUCAAACUGGUGACCCUGUUGGUGGCGGGGUACCCCCUGGCGUUGGUGCUGCGUUACAUCCUCCACCCCUCGUCGACCUCUCUCCAUGUCAGACAUCUCUUCUCAUCUCUCUCUGGUCUCGCCAUCGCCGCCCUCUUCUAUGGCUGGCAGGUGUUAGCUCUGGUGGGACUUGUAGCAGUUGGAUACAUCAUCCUUCUUGUGGCACCACCACAGACUGUCCAUAGGUGGAGUAUGGGAUGGGCUGUAUUAUUCUUGAGUGCUGGCAACAUCUUAUCCGACUAUUACGUAGGGAGUUCGAAUAUUCGUUGGACAAUGAUGAUAAUGAUUCAAAAGCUUACUUAUGUAGGGUUUAGUUUAUAUGAUGGAAUGGGAGGCAAUAGUAAGCCUCUGAAUAAAGACCAGGAGAAGCAGAAACUGACCUCUGUGCCGUCAGUCCUGGAGUACAUGAGCUACUGUUUCAACUUCCACAGUGUACUAGUUGGACCCUCAGUCACUAUGAGGGAGCAUCUGGACUUCAUGGAUGGCUCCAACUUCCGUGUAGCCUCUCCUACCAGUAGCCAACAGUCAUCGUCCACUGAAUAUGCCAAAGAGCCGUCGGCUUUGUAUCCAGUGUUGUCAAAGUUACUGCUGUCCAUCUUCUUUGUCGCUCUCUAUACCUUAUUGGCAGACCACAAGACACCUCUUCCCAUAGAUCCCUCCAUGAACAUAUUUGUGAAGAUGGCAUAUUUCUGUCUGGCAUGCUUCGUUAUCCGCAGUCAGUUACAUUUUGCUUUCCAUGUCAACGACAGCAUCAGCAAUGUGGCUGGGCUGGGGUUCGAGGGUUACGACGAACAAAACAGACCCAAGUGGGGGCUGGCUUCUGAUGUUGAUGCAGUAGGUGUGGAGUUUUCUAUGAAUGCGAGAAACACUCUCAACUUAUGGCACAUAACUGCCUCACGAUGGAUAAGAAGAGUGGUUUAUGAGAGAGUGUCAUGGAGUCCAACUCUGGCCAGUUUCUUGUUUUCUGCCUGGUGGCACGGCUUCCAUCCUGGAUACUAUCUCGGUUUUCUCUCUCUCGGCUUGUCCGUUAUGGCAGCCAAGAAGAUGAGGAGGUGGUGUAACCCAUUCUUCACUAGUCGUGGUCCAGUGUUGAAGUGGACCUACCACAUAGCCACGUGGGUCCUCACUCAGCUGUUUGUAGGGCCUAUGGUGGUGUAGCAGUGGACCUCAGGUUGUUCUCUGACGUCAUGGUCUUCUGGAGUCACUUCUACUUUGUCCCAACUGCUGCUCUACUGGUGCUGCUGUUGGUACCAUCCAGACAGUCUCAGAGACAAAAGGACUCACAUGACGUGAAUGGAGCUACGCCUAAAUCUGCGAAACAAGACUGAUAUACUCCUUAUUGGACGAUAAUGCUGCACUUUCCACCCUUGGUUUUGCAUAAUUGUAGUUGAUGCGAGCCCAAGGAGCAAAAAAACACGAUGGAGAGGAGAUGAUGCAUCGUCGUUGAGUAAGCGCGCAUGCGCACGUAAUAUUACGUCAUUAUUAUCAAUUGCGAGGACGAAGUGUGACUUUACUCGUUUGGCGUGUGAGCAGCUAGCUAGGAACUGAGGGUAGAGAUCGGGAGGGUCAUGUCGGAGGACGAGAUGUCAGACAGAAAGCCGGACGUAGGGGCCGGCAUGGACAGGAACUCGAGUCCGGAGUGUACAACUCAGAAUUCAGACGAUGGUGAUGGUGGUCGCAGUCCAGUUGCCAGAGGACGAGAUAAAGCCCGCAAGUAUGGUGCACUGUCUCGGAGCCAUUCCAGAUCCCGGUCUCGGUCCCAUUCCAAUUCCAAAAGGCGUCGCCGGUCGUACUCGCGGUCCUAUUCCAGAUCCUGCUCUCAGAGUCCUCGGAGGAGGCACCAUCGCCACAGACACAGAUGUCACCACUACCACUCCUACUCCCGCUCUCGCAGUCGGUCCUACUCUCCCCACUCGUCUCGAAGACGUCACCACCGCCGCAAGCACCAUCGCUCAAAGUCCAACUCUCGCUCCCGAUCACCUCUCUCCAAUAGAAAGAGACACGAUGGAAACAGAUUCAACCCUAGUCCCAGUGAUGUCUUGGGUGUGUUUGGUCUCAGUCUCUACACGUCUGAGAAAGAUCUGAAGGAGAUAUUUGGUAGAUACGGAGAACUCAAACAUGUCAACAUUGUCUAUGAUCACCUGACUGGCAGGUCUCGAGGGUUUGGGUUCGUGUACUUUGAUGACGCCGAGGAUGCAGCGGAUGCGAAGGAGAAUUGUAAUGGUCUGGAGUUGGACGGUCGGAGGAUCAGGGUAGAUUUCUCCAUCACCAAGAGAGCCCAUACUCCAACCCCCGGGGUAUACAUGGGUCGACCCACACGGCCUCACGAUGACGAACGUGUUGAUCGAGAUGAUCGCUAUGACGACCGGAGCUAUGAGCGGUCCGGUUACGAUAGGGGCUACGACCGAGAAUACGGUCGCGGUGGUAACCCGUACAUUGACUACUGAUUAGAGGGUCGCCCCACACCUUAUGACCUGCCACUUUACUAGGUCACGUCUUUUUGUCUGCAUAUCUUUAGUAUGUAGCACUCCUUCAUACGCUCCUUUAUCAACCAAAAGACACCAUUCAUACAAUAUCUUUACAAAUUUUGCUACCGUACAUGUUAUCUAGUUAGGCGUUGCAGUUUAGUCAUUUGCCUCUUCACCCAUAUGAACACUAGUAUCUACCUAAAGCUUUGUUGAUCGUUCCUAAUGUAUUGUGGGGAACAUACAUUGUACGGUUGUAUGUGCCUGUGUAUUGUACUAGCUAUCACAGUUUGUGUUCUUUGCUUUUUCUCAGCUGAAGAAGCUGUAAAUUUGAAGAUAAUGAAGUUGUUUUGAUGCAUGAAGAUCGAAGAUUGCGUAGAUGUGUAGGGAAGAGAGAAGAGUGUCCAGUUGGUGUAUGAAGACAGCCACACAUGUGCAAGUUAUGUGUGAGGGGCUUUAAUUAGAGUUAGUGUACCCACGUGCUCUAUGUACGUGUGGAGACUGUACUGUACAUGCAUCUAGUAAUACGUAGGUAUAUAGUUCCAGUGAGCACCAUUUGCGGACUUGAAUAUAAUCUCCACACAACCUGUUUUCCAACUAUUUUUGUUUGUGUUUGCAUGAAAGUAUUAUGCAACGGAAAUUUGACAGGUCACUUUGACUGCAUGGUUACUCAACUUUAUGCCGUCAUCGACAAAGUCUUGCGCUAUUGAAGAGUGCUGAAUGCAUUAUGCUCAUAGCUAAGACACUGAAAGUGGAGUCAGCCAGUGGCGAGGGUUGUUGGUGGUGAUAGACGCGAUAGUUCCUUGGUCUAUUCCCCUGUCCAUCAUCUUGGGCACCACGUGCUCCAAGAGGUGGGUGUACCCAUGACCUCCGUACCUCCGCAGCUCGUGUCUACAGACGACAUCAU